CGCGUUCGGCCAACCCGUCCCGCGUGUGACGUCGGUGCGUCCCGCUGUCCCGGCGGGCGGCGGGGCCGGGGGAGGCGGCAGGUGACGGCGGCAGCUGCGGGCUGAGCGGCGGUUUGCAGAGAAGCUGAAACACUGUUUUCAGAGAAGCCCCACGGACCGUUGGGCUGGACAAGUAAGGAAUGAGCCAGGUUAGGAAAGAGUACCUGCCAUCCUAGCUGGAGAUAUCUGAAGAGAGGACGUUUUAGUCUUGUAGCAUGCUUCAGUAAAAAUUAUUCAAAAAACGAUGGCUGGCUGUGGCGAAAUAGAUCAUUCAAUCAACAUGCUUCCCACAAAUAGGAAGACGAAUGAGUCGUGUGCUAAUGCAGCACCUUCCCUGACAGUCCCCGAAUGUGCUAUCUGUCUGCAAACCUGUGUGCAUCCAGUAAGUCUGCCUUGUAAACAUGUUUUCUGCUAUCUGUGUGUGAAGGGAGCUUCUUGGCUUGGGAAACGAUGUGCACUUUGCCGCCAGGAGAUCCCAGAGGAUUUUCUUGACAAGCCAACACUGUUGUCACCAGAAGAACUCAAAGCAGCAAGCAGAGGCAAUGGAGAAUAUGCUUGGUACUAUGAAGGUAGAAAUGGCUGGUGGCAGUAUGAUGAACGUACCAGCAGAGAGCUGGAAGAUGCUUUUUCCAAGGGUAAAAAGAGCACUGAAAUGCUAAUUGCUGGGUUUUUAUAUGUAGCAGACCUUGAAAAUAUGGUUCAGUAUAGGAGAAAUGAGCACGGACGCCGCAGAAAAAUAAAACGGGACAUAAUAGAUAUACCAAAGAAGGGAGUGGCCGGGCUGAGGUUGGACUGUGAUGCUAACACUGUCAACCUGGCAAGAGAGAGCUCCGCUGAUGGUGCAGACAGCACACUGACUCUGGGGGCUGCAGCUGGGCAGCCUCUAGCAUCCAUUUCUGCUAGGCCCUUACCAUCACUAGAUGGUCAACUGAUGAGUCCUUCAACGCCAUCACCUGAUGCGAGCAAUUCCCUAGAGAACUCUUUUGCCCACUUGCAAAUAAAUGAAGACAGUAUGGCUGAAAGGAGUCACAGGGUAGAGGGAGAAGAAGACCAUGAAUCGUCAUCUUCUGGUAGGGUCCCAGCCCCUGACACCUCUGUUGAGGAGACCGAAUCGGAUGCUAGCAGCGAUAGUGAGGAUGUGUCGGCCCACCUUCAGCAGCACCUGUCCUCUGUCCAUCAGAGACACUUGAAUGCAAGUGCAAGCCAGUUGGGAGCGGAUAGACCAGUGGCAGGGGGCGGGGUGGCAAACACAAGUGUAAGAUCUAGAAGGCCGGAUGGACAGUGCACAGUCACUGAAGUUUAGAGCCAUGCAAUUAAAAACUCAGUCCUGUAUCUGUAAAUUUUCUGUCCACAUUGGCAUUGCACUCAAACCUAGCAGUGUGUUUGGUGGGGAGGUGGGGUGAAGGGGAGAAACAGAUUUGGCCUGUUUAACUUAAGUCUCUUAACAUGUCUCAGCUGGAAGACUAUUAACUGUAGGAAACUGGGUUGUCCUGUUUAAUGGUUUGAAAGCUGCUUAGCAGUGCCCAGUUUUCUUGAAAACGUCUUGUGUUUAUUUUGUAACAUUUUCCCCUUGGAGAUACUCGAUCCCUUUUUGGCCAAUGUAUAUCUACUGUACAACUUGAAUUGUCUUCAUUAUCUGACUGUUGCAUUAAGUGUCUUACUACUUUCUGCAUGGAUUGAUGUAUGAAAAGAACAUUAAAGCAAUGUGGGAGCAGGCAAGAUGUUGGGUGUGAGCAGGAAGCUUAAUUUAAUGUGAGAAAAUAGAUGUGAGCUUGGAGUUAAAAAUGUGUUUUUACUAGACAAGCAAUCAUUUACCUUUCUUCAAUGGAAAUGUAAAAAUGCUGUUAACCUUUGUUGCAAAUUCUUACCUAUACACUCUUCAUGGCAUUUUCUUUGGCUUUGCCAUCUAGUCCUUGUAGGUUUGUUUUUGAGGUCUUUCUUGAUCUGUCUUGUUUUUGUUACGGAAUUUAUAAUUUAAUAAAACUACAUUUUAUCAGUAACAAUCUCA